CUGCGGGAGCCGCUGGCCAUGGGCACCAAGCAGACCAAGGGCUGCCAGCCGGAGAGCCCCCCGGGCCAGCACCGCAAGAAGGUGGCCACCAGGGAAAGGGGCGAUUUCCUGGCUUCCCUGGUGGCCAAGUCCGGCGAGAAGUUGGGGAGGGGCGCUGGCCCCGGCUCGCCCCCGUACCACCGGCGGAUCUGCAUGAUCCAGGACAUGCUGCUGCUGCUCAAGCAGGGCAGGCAGGAGGAGGCCAGCGAGCAGCUGAAGAACCUGCGGCAGGACCUGGGGAUGGAGUCCACCUCCCUGGAUGAUGUCCUCUAUCGCUACGCCAGCUUCCGGAACCUGGUGGAUCCCAUCACUCACGACCUCAUCAUCAGCCUGGCGAGAUACAUCCACUGCCCCAAACCAGAAGGAGACUCCCUGGGGGCCAUGGAGAAGCUCUGCAGGCAGCUCACCUACCACCUGAGCCCCCACUCGCAGUGGAGACGCCAGGGCAUCGUCAAGAGGAAACCUCAGUCCUGCCUGAAGGCCGCGCUGACGGGCGCCCCGCCGGACAACACCGUGGACCUGUCGGGCAUCCCGCUGGGCGCCAGGGAGGUGGAGCGGCUGCGCUCGUACCUGGAGCAGAGCGCGGAGCACAUCGGCGCGGUGGAGCUGUGCUUCACGGAGCUGACGGACGAGCUGCUGCUGCGGCUGCUGCCCGCGCUGCGCGGCCUGCCGCGCCUCACCACGCUGGGCCUCAGCGGCAACCGCCUGACGCGCGCCGUGCUGCGCCAGCUCACCGAGUGCCUCAAGGACCCGGCCAGCUUCCCCCGCGUCACCUGGAUCGACCUGGGCAACAACGUGGACAUCUUCUCGCUGCCGCAGCCCUUCCUGCUCGGCCUCAAGCGGCGUUGCCCCAAGCAGGGCAACCUGCCCACCAUCAUGGAGUCCGGGGAGGGGCAGGGCGGCGAUGCGGAGGGGCAGGAGGGCGUGGGGGGCGGCCGGCAGGAGCUGAGGGCCGGCUGGCCGGAGCGGGCGGACGCGGCGGCCCGGGGUGGCUCGGAGCAGGGAGCCGCGGCACGGACGUGAUGGCAGGGAG